AUGGCGAUUGAUGUGGAAUUUCCCCUUGGGCUCCUAGCAGAGGGGCAGUAUGAUGAUACUAUGUUAGGUGUUCUCCUUGCUUUGGCUAUCUUUGUGACAUUUUGUGAUGCUCAAUGCACAUUUACUCCAUUGGAGAUCUCUGGAGGGUAUGCCCCAAGAGGUUGCAGGGAUUCUAAAGGAGUAAUGCAUGAUUUUGACACUCAGUGGGAAAUUGAUUGUGUGUACUGUUUAUGUGAAUCAAGAGUUGGACUAUCCUGCUGCAACAUGGUGAGAAGGCCUACAACAUAUGACAAAAAAAAUUGCAUGGAAGUUUUCGACAAGGAUUACUGUCUUUACAUUCCUGUAUUAAGAGCUAGUCCCUCUGUACCCUGUGAAGUCUCACUGUAUGUAGGCUAA